AUGGAUAAGACAAAUUUUAGUAUAAGGAAAAUGUUUACAUAUUCUUGUAAACACAAAAUUUUAAUUUUCAUAGGAAUAGUUCUUAUCUGUAUUAUGAAUUUAUGGAUAUAUAGGAACAAAGGAGCAUCUAACUUUCAUGAAGGUAAUGUACAUUGUAGAACAUUAUCAGAUAAAAAUGCAAAAAAAGAAAAUGGAUCACGUAAUAGAAAGGUAAAAAACAAAGAACAACAUUCUACAUGUAAUAAUAGUAAUAUUACUUCAGAAGCAUAUACUGAUUAUUCAAAAAUAUAUAACGAUGGAAAUUCUGUUAAAGAAUUAAGUGCAUCGGAUAUGGAAUUAUUUAAAGAGGAAAAUUAUGGUCUUUUAGAAGAUAUGACUGAUAGUAUUAAUAAAGAAAUAAAAGAAUUAGAAGAAUUUCCAUCAAAGGAUAUUCUUCGUAAUAUUUGGUUCAAGGUACAUUGUAAUGAAAGAAAUAAAUUUCUUUCUCUUAAAUAUAGUAUAAGAAAAAUACAUGAUAAAUAUUUUUGUGAUACGAAUAAAAAUGAAGAACUCGGUAAAAAAGUAUGGAAUAAAUGCUGUGCUAUUAUUACGGAUGAAUUUUUAAAAUUGGAUAGUAUUCAAAAUAGUCUAUUUCAUAAUCUAAUCGAAAAAGAAACAGUAACUCUUGAGGAAUUUGAAGAUUUUGUUAAACUUUGUAUGAAUGGAUAUAAAUAUACAAAAAAACAAACCAAAAAAAUGUGUGUUAAAAAAUUAAAUAAGACAUUAAGUCAGAGAUUAUAA